AAUAAAUUGAAACACAAAUUAAAAUAAAUCUUUGCAUAAUGGUAAAAGUUGAGUCAGUCAAAAGCCAAAGAAUAAAAAUGGCUGUUCAAAUGAGUUUCAAAAAUCUCAACAUUUCAGGAUGUCAUUUCAAAGAAGAGCACUUCCAGGAAGUGGGAAAGUAGAGCAGGAUGGGCAAAAGCUGAGAACUACCACAGCACACACUAGCACUUAACUGCAGCUCUUGGUUGAUACAGCACACAACAUAGCAAGAUGCAUGAGAUUGUUCACUUGCAAGCCGGCCAAUGUGGGAAUCAAAUUGGAGCAAAGUUUUGGGAAGUGAUGAGUGACGAGCAUGGCAUUGACACCACUGGAUCCUACCAUGGAGAGGAUGACUUCCAACUGGAACGAAUCAAUGUCUGCUACAAUGAGGCUUCAGGAGGAAAGUAUGUCCCAAGGGCGGUCUUAGUGGAUUUGGACCCUGACACCAUGGACACUUUCCGGUCCGGCCCAUUUGGGAGGAUAUUUAGACCUGACAACUUCGUCGUUGGCCAAAGGGGAGCAGGAAAUAACUGGGCCAAAGGUCACUACACUGAAGGAGCCGAGCUGGUGGACUCGGUUCUGGAUGUGGUAAGGAAGGAGGCAGAGGAAUGCGACUACCUUCAAGGGUUCCAGCUGACGCAUUCUUUGGUUGGUGGCACCGGAUCUGGGAUGGGAACUCUGCUCAUCAACAAGAUCCGUGAGGAGUACCCGCACAGCAUCAUGACCACCUGCAGUCUGCUGCCCUCUCUGAAGGUGUCCGACACAGUAGUGGAGCCCUACAACGCUACCCUUGGGCUCCACCAACUUGUUGAGAACACAGACCAGACCUUCUGCAUUGAUAAUGAAGCCUUGUACGACAUCUGCUUCCGUACCCUCAAGCUGAAGACACCCACCUAUGGAGACCUCAACCACCUGAUUUCUGUCACCAUGAGUGGUGUGACAACCUGCUUGCGAUUUCCCGGGCAGUUGAACGUGGACCUCCGUAAAUUGGCCGUCAGCAUGGUGCCCUUCCCUCGUUUGCACUUCUUUAUGCUGGGCUUUGCUCCGCUCACCAGCAGGGGGAGAAUACAGUACAGAGCCCCCACCUUGCGUGAACUAACUCUGCAGCUAUUUGAUUGCAAAAAUAUGAUGGCUGCUUGUGACCCCCGCCACGGGCGCUACCUUGGCGUAGCUGCCAUAUUUCGUGGCUCCAUGUCCAUGCAGGAGGUGGAUGAGCAGAUGCUGAACAUGCAAAACAAGAACAGCAGCGACUUCAUCAAGUGGAUCCCCAACAACGUCAUAACGGCCGUUAGCAACAUCCCGCCGUACGGCCACAAGAUGGCCGCGACCUUCAUUGGUAACAACACUGCCAUCCAGGAGCUGUUCAAGCGCAUCUCUGAGCAGUUCACUGCUAUGUUCCGCCGAAAGGCUUUUCUCCACUGGUACGUGGGCGAGGGCAUGGAUGAAAUGGAGUUCACUGAGGCGGAAAGCAACAUGAAUGAUUUGGUGUCUGAGUACCAGAAAUACCAGGAAGCCAUCGUUGAGGAGGAGGAGGAGGAGGAGAUGGCCGAAGACAUUUCACAAUUCACUGCCUGGAUGCGUUUCCUAUAACCUGCAUUAUCACUCCUGCCUCUUCUCUCCAUUAGCGACUGUAGACCUUUGCCCAAUUCUUUCAGUCAUCGGUGGGUCUCUACCUAACAACAGUGGCCACAUAGAGGUCUGUCAGACUCAUCAACUUUUUGUUAAUGUUUCUUUUGUUCACUACGCAGUUCUACAUUUCUGCCAUAUGCAGUGCAUUGAGUUUUAAUUCGUUUCAUUUGGUAUUUGACUUGAAUAUAUGUAUUGGUAAGCAUAGUGA